UCCCAUGAAUCUGUUUACACUAUUGUCAGAGAAGAAACCAGGAAAUAGUUUGCUUUUUGAGACGAGAUAGAUUUACCAAGAGAAUCUAUAAUAGAAAUCAAAUCUACAAGAUCUACUAAGGAAUACAAUAAGGAAUAUGUGGGGAACUGGGAAUGCUAAUAUUCUGAUGCUUCAACUGAUGACUGGAUAAACUCAAAGGUAUUAUUAGAAUCAGAGGCCUGAAUAAGCAAAAGCGAAAGCAACUGUUGUUUAAAUUUUAAAGCUAUAAUUUGCACUUCGUCUGCACUGCCUUGCUUUUGUAUUUCUUUGGAUCAGACAACAUGGCUUUUUGUUCAGCAAAAGAAGAUCUGACUUGUCCCAUCUGUUUUGACAUCUUCAAAAAUCCAGUGUUGCUGUCCUGUAGCCACAGCGUCUGUAAAGACUGUCUGCAGACCUGGUGGGCAGAGCAACUUAUUCAUUCCUGUCCGUUGUGUAAAAGGAGGUCCUCCAGAGACGACCCCCCGAGUAACUUGGUACUGAAGAACCUGUGUGAAGCCUUUUUACAGGAACUUUCUGCAGAACAGAAAUCCUCCGUCCAGUGUGAGGAUCUGUGCGUUCUGCACUCUGAGAAGCUCAGGCUCUUCUGUCUGGACCAUCAGCAGGCGGUUUGUGUCGUCUGUCGAGAUUCGAAAGCCCAUGAAAACCAUAGAUUCAGACCUAUUCAUGAAGCAGCAAAGGAGAACAGGGGAACGCUCACAAAGGCAAUAAAGUCUUUAAAGAAAAAACUGGAGAAGUAUAAUAAAGUAAAGUUUAGCUGGGAUCAAACGGCCGAACACAUCAAGGCCCGGGCUCAACACACAGAAAAGCUGAUUAGGGGUGAAUUUAAGAAGCUUCAGAAUUUUCUACGAAAAGAAGAAGAAACCAGGAUCACAGCCCUGAGGAUGGAGGAGGCGAGGAAGAGUCAGGUGAUGAAGGAGAAAAUCACCACUCUGAGUAAAGACAUAGUAGCUUUGUCAGAGAAAAUCAAAGCGGCAGAGAAGGAACUGAAAUCUGAAGACACCACAUUCCUGCAAAACUACAAGGCUGUAGUGGAGAGAGUCCACUGGCGUCCUCUGCUGGAGGAUCCACAGCUGGAGUCAGACGCUCUGAUAGAUGUGGCAAAACACGUGGGCAACCUGGGUUUUAACAUCUGGGAAAAAAUGAAGGAGGAGGUUUCUUACAGUCCUGUGAUUCUGGAUCCAAACACAGCUCAACUAAACCUUGAGGUUUCUGUCAAUCUGACUAGUGUGAGAUUUACAGAAACGGAGAUGCAGCUUCCCAGAAACCCAGAAAGACAUGAGUGCCACAUCUCUGUCCUUGGAUCUACAGGUUUUAACUCCGGGGCUCACAGCUGGGAGGUUAAAGUCAGAAACGAUGCUGAUUGGUCAGUGGGUGUGAUGGAAGAGUCUGUGCAGAGGAAGGGAGGAAUUCUGUCUAGAUACUGGGAAAUAUGGUUCAAAGAUGGUGAAUACAAAGCCUACGCUCCGUCAUAUACGGACAAAGUUCUGUCAGUUAGGUCUCAUAUCCGAAAGAUCAAAGCACAUCUGGACUGGAACAAAGGAAGACUGUCAUUCACUGAUGCAGAUACAAAAACAAACCUAUACACUUUCUCACACACUUUCACUGAGAGGAUGUUUCCCUUUGUACACACGAAAAAUAAAAAGCCACUGAAGAUUGUACCUGGUAAAGUAACACUGCAGUUAGACAUGUAGACAUUCAUUAUGGUCCUCAGGAAACUCUUUAUGCCCAUGUAUUAAUAAACACUAGUACAGCUUUUGGUACCACUUAUUUUAGUCUAUGUACACACUAUAAUAAGUACUACUAUUAGGACCUUCACUUCUUGGAACACAUGAAUGCUUUUAUAGUGACUGGGAACCUAAUAGUAAGGUUUUUAAAUAAACAACUGCUAAAUAUAAGCUGACACUUUCAUACAACCAUCAGAAAAACACAAUGGCAAAUGUGCAAAUGUUAACAUUUAUGGAAACGCCUAAGUAACAUCAUUUAUUAGUGCUGCUCUGUCCAGUGUAACAAUGAGUGUAUGGCUACACAUUUGUGAAAUAUAAUACAAGUUUGUAACACGACAGGAAAAAAAAACAUCAAUGUAUUUUAAAUUUCCGUGUUUGGACGGGGACGAUAUUUUGUAAUUUGCUAUACUCGCACGUAUAUUUUUUCUUGUCUUCAUACCUGACACUGUCUUUACUGUCACAAAGUAUACUGUAGUUGCACACUUUUUUAUUCACAUCACAUGUUUUGUGGUUCUUAUGUAUUUAUGUGAUUUCUUGUAACAUGUUUGUCCCAUGCACUUACCAAAUCUACAGUGCACAUUUAAUAAAGCUUUUUUUCCCCACCAAUGAA